GGAAAUGGAGCCGAGCUGGAGUACGUUUCUUUUUCAACAGGCCAAUGAAGCCCUCCACCACCAGCACCAGGUGGCCCAGAACAGCCUGCUGCCACUUCUUAACGCAGGAUCUGAACAAAUUGACCAGAAGCCUAUCCUUCCCAUCCAUAUAGAUCAGAAGCCCCCUUCCAGUGCUUUGGAUCUCCUCAAGGACAAUGUGGCCAGUGGAGGAGGCGGACGGCCGCCAAUGCCUGUGAUAAAGAAGGAACACAAAGGCAAGACGCCUUUCGUCUGUGGCUACUGUAACAAGGCCUUCCGUGACAGCUACCACCUGCGACGCCAUGAGUCCAGCCACACUGGUAUCAAGAUGGUGUCACGGCCAAAGAAGACCGCCCAGACAGCCCCCACCAUGGUCCCCAUGAUUUCGACCAUGCCGCGAGACAACAACGGCCACCCUUCCUACAUUUCCACCGUAGCAGGCAUCCUCUCCACCGCAACCACCUCCGUUUCCUCGAGUAUCAUGUCAUCAUCCCCAAUGGGCAGUAUACCGCAGCAAAACGUCGCCAAGAAACCCGCCAAACCUGUCAAGAAAAACCACGGGUGCGAGAUGUGUGGCAAGGCCUUUCGUGAUGUCUACCAUCUGAAUCGCCACAAGCUCUCCCAUUCAGAUGAAAAGCCUUUCGAGUGCCCCAUCUGCCAGCAACGCUUUAAAAGGAAGGACCGAAUGACCUACCACGUUCGCUCUCACGACGGAGGAGUCCACAAGCCCUACGUGUGUUCCGUGUGUGGGAAAGGCUUUUCCAGGCCGGACCACUUGAGCUGUCAUGUGAAGCAUGUGCAUUCCUCAGAAAGGCCGUUUAAAUGUCAAGUAACGGCCUGUACCUCUGCUUUUGCCACCAAAGACAGACUCCGUUCCCACAUGAUCAGGCAUGAAGGCAAAGUCACCUGUAGCAUCUGUGGGAAGAUGCUCAGCGCGGCUUACAUCACCAGCCAUUUGAAGACUCACGGACAGACCAACUUUAACUCCUGUAACAAAGGUAAUGAAGUUUGCAAUUCUGCCUCGGCUACACCUGUGACCAUCUCGGCCCCCAUCACCACGGCGAUGAACCGGAUCCACUCCAACAACGCCGUCACCAUAGCCACACAAAUGAACAUUAGCACCAACACGGUCAACAUCACGUCUCCGGUCAGCCUCCAGCACCCCGUCACCAUCACUGGGCCCAUCAACAUCGCCUCUGUCAACAUCCCCGCCACGGCACCCAUGAAUAUCGCCCACCCAGUCGCAAUAACGACCCCCAUGUCUAUGAAUAUAGCCGGCCCGCUCAACAUCGCCAUGAGGCCAGUGGAUAGCAUGCCUUUUCUGUCCCAAGUCUUGCCUUCUUCCCCACCGUGGUAAAAGAAGAGAGCGAGAGAAAGAGAGAGAGAGAGAGAGAGAGCAUCGAACUGGCCAGAAAGAAAGGGAAAAUGAAGUGAAACAGGCGACUCCGGUCCUCUAUUAUUUGCACCUCGAGCCCAGCUCUUUCUAUCCCCCGAACUCUGUUUACUUCACCAAACCUCGAAGUGAAUACUGUAUUUACGCGGCUUGGUAGGAGCCCCCCCCCAACCCC